GGCGUCAACGCACUCAGAGGCGAGCCUCAACUCUGCAGGCGGAUAGAGUGUGCAACAGAGGACGCCGAGCGACACACCCCUGCAAAAUAUCGUGCAUUUCUCAAUAAUCUUUGCCUUGUCAUGGUUGGAUCAAUGCAAUUAUAGAGGGGACCAAUACAGGCAUCGCCCCGCAAUGGAACCGCCAGACCACGGCAGGGACGAGGAGGACGACCCUCCGAAAGAUGUGCCUGGCCGCUACAUGGAGGUGGACGAAUUGUCGGACGAGCCCAGUCAGGAAGAGGAAGCCCUGUACGGUGCGUCGCCUCCUUGCACCCCGCGGCAGAUGAAACGCAUGUCCGGCAAGCACCACAGAAGCCAGGGCAGAGCUGCCGGACGGUCCCCCAACAAAGACAAACUGGCCCCCCCUAGCCCUUCCACCUCUCAUCGCCCCCCGCUCCGAGAGCGGGAGCGUGAGACCACUAAGUCGGUGGAGCCCCCCCCUGAGGAGCCCAGCUACCGGCAGGGCAAGAAGCAGCGCUCCACCCAGCGCUCUACCGACCGCGACACCAAGAAGACCUUCCAGAUGUCCUACUUCCAGGGUGCCUUUAUGCUGGACCCACUGGGGAAGAGCUCCACCCUGGGCAUGGACCCACGCAAGCAGUACCUUAGCCUGGGCUGUGGCAGCGGCAAGCUGCCCGUCAGCAUGCCGCACGGACACGCGCUGCCCCGGCCCCACCGGCAGACGUCGCGCACCGACUGCCCGGCCGACCGACUCAAGUUCUUUGAGACGCUGCGGCUGUUGCUCAAGCUGACGUCCAUGUCGUCCAAGAAGAAGGAGAAGGAGCAGCAGCGCGGCAUGGAGAACCUCACGCUGCUGGGCCAGAGCAAGGAGGUGGUGUGGCUGGAGCUCCAGGCCUGGCACGCGCGCCGGACCGUCACUGACCAGGACCUCUUCCUGUUCACCGAGCGCCAGGCCAUUCCGGACAUCAUCAACGAGGUGCUGCGCUUUAAAGUGGACUACAGCUGCCUGGGCCUGGGUGCCUCGGGAGGCAAGCGGGCGACAGGGACGCCCGUUAAGGCCGACAAAGAGGCGCCGAAGGACAGCCCGUGCGGAGCGGCGGCCGGCGGCGGCGACUCCUGGCCGGAGGUGGACACGGCGGCGCCGCUGGGCUGUGGCGCCGAGCGGCGGGAGCACCUCCAGCGGCAGCGCGUGGCCUUCGAGCAGGUGCGGCGCGUCAUGCUGCUGCUGGAGUCGGUGGAGGCGCUCUACCCGUCGCUGCAGACGCUGCAGAAGGACUACGAGAAGUACGCGGCGGCCGACUUCCAGGGCCGCGUGCAGGCGCUCUGCCUGUGGCUCAACAUCACGCAGGACCUCAACCAGAAGCUGCGCGUCAUGGGCACCGUGCUGGGCCUGCGCGACCUGGCGCGCAUCGGCUGGCCCGUCUUCGAGGUGCCCUCGCCCGGCGCCUUCCAGGCCCACGACGAGGAGGAGCAACGAAUUUACGGGCGCAGGGAGGACGACGAGGAGGAGGACGACGACAAGAGCGACUCCACGGCCGUCUGCAUGGCCGACAGCGACGGGGAGGUGGGAAGGGAGAGGGACGCCGACACGGACGUUGACAGUGACCUCUCCCCCUGCCUCACGCCCAAGUUUGCCCGGCUCAUGUGCGAGGACGAGUUCCUGCUGCCUGAAGAAGGCAGCGGAGCAGGGACCGGGGAGGUGGUGGCGAUAGGGACUGGGGCAGGGCCACUUCCUCUGGACAGAGUGGCGGCGGUAGAGAGUCGGUACUGCCCCACUGCCAUCUACCGGCCCUUUGUGGACAAGGCACUGAAGCAGAUGGGGCUGCGUAAACUCAUCCUGCGGCUGCACAAGCUCAUGGACCGCUCGCUACAGAGGGCUAGGGCAGCACUGGUCAGCCAGUCCCCCACACAGGAGUUCUCCGACUUCCCGGACCCCAUGCUGUACAGUGACUAUCUCCCGGAGCUCUCGCGCCACCUGGCCUGCAGUGGUCAUUCGGGCGAGGAGGCGGAACAGGAGAGUGUGUCCUGGGCGGAACUUUUGGACAUGGAGCUGCCGUCCUUCCGGCCGGCCUUCCUGGUGCUAUGCCGCGUGUUGCUCAACGUCAUCCACGAGUGCCUGAAACUGCGUCUGGAGCAGAGACCUGCCGGGGAGCCCUCGCUCCUCAGUAUCAAACAGCUGGUGCGUGAGUGUAAGGAGGUGCUGAAGGGCGGCCUCCUGAUGAAGCAGUACUACCAGUUCAUGCUGCGCGGCGUCGUCACUGACCCCCAGGGUGUGCAGACCAACGCCAACAUCGACGAGUUCGAGGAGGACCUGCAGAAGAUGCUUCUGGUGUACUUUGACUACAUGCACAGCUGGAUCCAAAUGCUGCAGCAGCUGCCCCAGGCCUCGCACAGCUUGAAGAACCUUCUGGAAGAGGAGUGGAACUUCACCAAAGUCAUCACCCCAUACAUCCGAGGGGGCGAGGCCCAGUCGGGGAAGCUCUUCUGUGACAUCGCCGGCAUGCUGCUGAAGUCCACCGGGGACUUCCUGGACGCUGGUCUGCAGAAGAGCGGCGAUGAGUUCUGGGAAAGCGCUGAUGACAGUACUGCUUCGGAUGAAAUCAGGCGGUCGGUAAUCGAGACGAGCCGCUCGCUCAAAGAACUCUUCCACGAGGCCAGAGAGCGGGCGUCCAAAGCGCUGGGCUUCGCCAAGAUGCUGCGCAAGGAUCUGGAGAUUGCUGCUGAUUUCAGUGUGGCCAGUGGAGUGCCGGGUCUCCUAGAAGCUCUGAAAAAAAGGAACUAUGUAAAGGUGCUGAUCCCCGGGCUGGAGGAGCUGCAGGUGUUUGUGCCGUCGGUGCUCAUGGGCCAGCGGCCCGUCAUCCUGCAGCUGCUGAACGCGGCGGCCGGCAAGGACUGCUCCAAGGAGCCAGACGAGCUGGCCGAGGACGAAGCCUACCUCCUGAUGAGCAAGCAUGGCGCCGGUCAGCCCGACACUGAGGUGUGCUGGGCCCAGUGGGACGGCGCGCAGCUCAAACUCGUCCCCCAGAUGGAGACCGUGGACACCCUCAAGGCCAUGGACGUGGAUAACCUGCUGUUGAUCGUGAUGCAGUCGGCUCAGCUGGUGACCCAGCGGAAGGCCUUCCAGCAGUGCAUGGACGAGCUGCUGUCCCUGAAGCGCGAGCAGACCUCCAGCCAGCCCCUCAUCGCCCGUGCCCUCGAGCAGCUCAAGAAUGAAGCUCUUCAGCUGUGCAUCAAGAUCAACACGGCCAUCGACCGCGUGGAUCGCAUGUUCACCUCGGAGUUCGAGGCGGAGAUGGAGGAGUCGGAGUUGGCCACGCUGCAACAGUACUACCGCGAGGCCAUGAUCCAGGGCUACAACUUCGCCUUCGAGUACCAUAAGGAGGUGGUGCGUCUUAUGUCGGGGGAGUUCAGGCAGCGCAUCGGUGAGCGCUACAUUGCCUUCGCCCGCAAGUGGAUGAACUACGUCCUGACCAAGUGUGAGAGUGGUCGGGGCACUCGGCCCAGGUGGGCAACACAAGGCUUCGAUUUCCUCCAAGCCAUCGAGCCAGGCUUCAUCUCAGCUCUGCCAGAGGAUGACUUCCUGAGUCUCCAGGCACUGAUGAACGAGUGCAUUGGUCACGUGAUUGGCAAACCGCACAGCCCAGUCAGUGGCUUCUAUCUUGGCCCUAGACCCAGCCCUCGGCCAGUCAAGGUCCCGUUGCCACAGCGUUGCCACAGCGAUCCUCCAAACCCGUACCUCUUCAUCCCAAAUGCAGAUGGCUUCAGCUCUAGGAGUCUGCCCUGUGACCUCCGGACUCAGCUCUUCCCCCCCAGCUCUGGCCCCCGGCCCAUCCCCCCCGGCCCCUCACAGGGGGACCACGGCCACACCAAGGCCCCGGGCAGCGUCCCCAAUGAGAUCAGAGUUUCUGGUGUACUUGAAAACGAUCGGCUGUCAUCUGUUGCAAGCGAGUUCAAAUCACUCAGUCGCCACUCCAGCCCUACAGAAGAUAGAGAAGAGCCCUCGUACCCAAAGCCAGAUGCUACUAACACUGUGCGCCGGAGCUGGGAGCUUCGCAAUUUCAUCAGCCAAUCCAAGGACUCUGCGGCGCGUCAGAGCCCCAUGGAAGGGGUACGUCGCUCCAUCCGAGUGUUGGAGGAGAAGCGCUACUCCGUCAUGAAGCAGCGCAACAUUAUCGGCCAGGUGUGCCACACCCCCAAGUCCUACGACAACGUCAUGCAAGUAGGCCUGCGCAAGGUCACCUUCAAGUGGCAGAGAGGAAACAAAAUCGGUGAAGGCCAGUAUGGAAAAGUGUACACCUGUAUCAAUGUGGACACUGGAGAACUGAUGGCUAUGAAAGAGAUCCGUUUCCAGCCUAAUGACCACAAAACCAUCAAAGAGACUGCAGACGAGCUGAAGAUCUUUGAGGGAAUCAAACACCCGAACCUCGUGCGCUACUUUGGUGUUGAGCUUCAUCGGGAGGAGAUGUACAUCUUUAUGGAGUACUGUGACGAGGGCACACUGGAGGAGGUGUCGCGCCUGGGCCUGCAGGAGCACGUCAUCCGCCUCUAUAGCAAGCAGAUCACCACCGCCAUCAACGUCCUGCACGAGCACGGCAUUGUGCACCGCGACAUCAAGGGAGCCAACAUCUUCCUUACGUCGUCUGGACUCAUCAAGCUGGGAGACUUUGGCUGCUCGGUGAAGCUCAAGAACAACGCUCAGACCAUGCCUGGGGAGGUGAACAGCACUCUGGGAACUGCAGCAUACAUGGCACCUGAGGUCAUCACCAGGGCAAAGGGUGAAGGUCAUGGGCGAGCUGCAGACAUAUGGAGCCUGGGUUGUGUGCUUAUAGAGAUGGUCACAGGAAAGCGGCCAUGGCACGAGUACGAGCACAACUUCCAGAUCAUGUAUAAGGUGGGCAUGGGGCACAAGCCGCCCAUCCCGGAGAAGCUGAGCACCGAGGGCAAGGACUAUCUCACCCACUGCCUGGAGAGCGAGCCCAAACGCCGAUGGACCGCUAGCGCUCUGCUCGACCACCCAUUUGUCAAGGUUUGCACGGAUGAAGAAUAGAGGUGGUAAGGAGCUCUUCCAGGCCUGUCUCUCUCACGUUUACAAAGCAUAGCACUACUGUCUAAGGCAUCUGCAAGGACCUGUGCACUUCACACAGGAGACGACAAGGAGGAGGAGAGGAUGAUGAAGGAGAAGGAUGAGAAGGAAAAAUGAUAUAUAUAUAUUUCAAAGAGGCCUCUGGCACACUGUGCAACACAUGGACUGGUGGUGUGAGCCCUUCCCAGUGGGCAAGUCUUACAUGUAUAGCUGUGGAGAAGAUUUCUAGGGUUUGGCGAAG